AGACAACACCAGGAGAGGUCAAAGGAUAUCAGUGCUCAGUUGGUACAGCAGCAUCAAACAGAGCUGAUCAAGGUGUGUAAAUGCCAAAGACAUUUGACUUUAGCUCUAUAGGAACGUUAGAAAGCACCUCUUGUGGUGCUAAUAGUCUCCUGGCUUCCCUCUUAAGAUCAGCGGGACGUGAUUCCAGAACAGAUGCUUCUGAUGUCCUCAGUUAGUUCAGAGUAAAGUUCUCCUGGAUGUUUAUUUUUUCCCAGAGGGCUGAGGAGAACGCACACGCUUUUCUAGACAAGGAGCUGAAGAAGCUCUGGAGGGAUCUCUUCCCAGAUUACCCACAAUGCUCAGAAAGCCAGAGGGCUGAGGAGGAGGUGGAUGGUAAGAAUAAGGAGCAGAGGAGGCGUGCCAUAGAGGGAGUGGUGGACAUAACAAAGCUCUGCCUGAUGGAGAUGAACCAGGAGGAACUGGUCAACACACUGUGGGGAGGAUCUGUUGCUAUCAAGUGCCAACGCAACAUCAAGGCCCAUCUGAUGGAGAAGUUCAGGUGUAUGUUUGAGGGAAUCGCUAAAGCAGGACAGCCGACAGGUCUGAAAGACUUCUACACAGAGCUCUUCAUCACAGAGAGAGGCAGUGGAGAGGUCAACAAGGAACAUGAGGUCAGACUGAUUGAAACAGCUUCCAGGAAACCAGCCAAGGAGGAAACACAAAUCAGAUGUGAAGACAUCUUUAAACCCUUAUCUGAACAAGAUCAACCAAUCAGAACAAUAAUGACAACUGGAGUGGCCGGCAUUGGAAAAACCGUCUUGACACACAAGUUUACCCUUGACUGGGCUGAAGGCAAAACCAACCACGACAUACACUUCACAUUUCUCUUCACUUUCAGAGAGCUGAAUUUGCUGAAAGGGAAAGAUUUUAGCUUGGUGGAACUUCUUCAUCAUUUCUUUAUUGAGACCAAAGAGGCAGGAAUCUGCAGAUACGACCGGUUCCAAGUUGUCAUCAUCUUGGAUGGUCUGGAUGAGUGUCGACUACCUCUGGACUUCAAGAACAACCUGAUCUGGACUGAUGUCACAAAGUCCACCUCGGUGGACGUGCUGCUGACAAACCUCAUCAAGGGCGACCUGCUUCCCUCCGCUCGCAUAUGGAUAACCACACGCCCUGCGGCAGCCAAUCAGAUCCCUGCUGAGUGUGUUGAUAGGGUGACAGAGGUGAGAGGGUUCAACGACCCACAGAAGGAGGAGUACUUCAGGAAGAGAUUCAGAGAGGAGAAGCUUGCCAGCACAAUCAUUUCCCAUGUCAAGACAUCACGGAGCCUCCACAUCAUGUGUCACAUCCCAGUCUUCUGUUGGAUCACAGCUACAGUUCUGGAGGACAUCUUGAAAGCAUUCCAAACAGUAAAAAAUAUGCCCAAGACCCUGACUCAUAUGUACAUCCACUUCCUCAGGGUUCAGUCCAUACAGGGGGAUAGGAAGUACCAUGGGAGAGCUGAAACAGAUCCACACUGGAGUUCAGAGGGAAGGGAGAUCAUUGUUUCCCUGGGAAAACUGGCUUUUAACCAGCUGGAGAAAGGCAACCUGAUUUUCUAUGAGGCAGACCUGGCAAAGUGUGAAAUCAAUAUCAGAGCAGUCUCAGAGUACUCAGGAGUGUUCACCCAGAUCUUUAAAGAGGAGUGUGGGCUGCACCAGGAGAAGGUGUUCUGCUUUGUCCAUCUGAGCAUCCAGGAGUUUCUAGCUGCCCUUUAUGUCUUUCUGUACUUCAUCGACACAGGUGUCAAUCUGCUCUCAGAAGAACCACCAACCUCCAGGAAAGAUGCACUCACCAUCUACCAGAGUGCUGUGGACAAGGCCUUACAGAGUGAGAACGGACACCUGGACUUGUUCCUCCGCUUCCUCGUGGGCUUCUCUUUGAAGAGCAAUCAGAUUCUCCUGCGAGGUCUGCUGGGACAGACAGGGAGUAGCUCGAAGGGCAGUCAGCAAACAGUCCGUUACAUCAAAAAGAAGUUAAAUGGAGAUCUCUCUCCAGAGAGAAGCAUCAAUCUGAUCCACUGCCUGAAUGAGCUAAAUGACUGUUCUCUAGUGGAGGAGAUCCAACAGCUCCUGAGAUCAGGAAAACUCUCAAGAAGAACUCUCUCCCCUGGUCAGUGGUCAGCUCUGGUCUUCAUCUUACUGUCAUCAGAAGAGGAGCUGGAGGUGUUUGACCUGAAGAAAUACUGUGCUUCAGAGGAGGGUCUUCUGAGGCUGUUGCCAGUGGUCAAAGCCUCCAAAACAUCUCUGCUGAAUGGUUGUCAUCUGUCAGAGAGAUGCUGUGAAGCUCUGGCCUCAGUUCUCAGCUCCAACUCCUCUAGUCUGAGAGAGCUUGACCUGAGCUUCAAUGAUCUGCAGGAUUCAGGGGUAAAACUGCUCUCUGCUGGACUGGGGAGUCCAGACUGUAGACUGGAAAUUCUCCGCUUGUCUGGCUGCCUGGUCACACAGGAAGGCUGUGCUUUUCUGGCCUUAGCUCUGAUCUCUAACCCCUCCCAUCUGAGAGAGCUGGACCUGAGCUACAAUCACCCAGGAGACUCUGGAUAUAUGAUGCUCUCUGCUGGACUGGAGGAUCCAUGCUGGAGACUGGACACUCUCAGUGUGGAGCACAGUGGAAUGUGGAGGCUGAAACCAGCUCCACAGAAGUAUGCCUUUGAACUCACACUGGACCCAGACACAGCCGACAGACGACUCUCUCUGUCAGCGGACAACAAGAAGGUGAUGCUGGUUAGAGAGAAGUUGCGUACUGGUCGAAACAAGGGACUUCAGUCCCACUGCCAGGUGUUGUGUAAAGAGGGUCUGACUGACCGCUGUUACUGGGAGGUAGAGUGGGAAGGAAGUGUUGCUAUAGGACUGACAUACAGAGGAAUCACAAGGAGGGGAGGGGAUGGUGGCAACUGGCUUGGAUUGAACAACACAUCCUGGAGUCUUCUUUGCUAUGAUGGUGGCUACUCCGUCCGGUACAACAGUAGUACAACAUGCAUGGGUCUCUCUAUUUGCUUUAAGAGAGUAGGAGUGUAUCUGGACCGACCUGCUGGCACUCUGUCCUUCUACAAAGUAGGAUGCUCUUCAGACACACUGACACACAUCCACACCUUCAAGUCCGCCUUCACCCAGGAGGACCUCCACCCUGCUUUUGGGUUAGUGGGUGGUGCCUCAUUGUCUCUGUGUCUGUAAUAAUCUCUCUCUUUGUAGCUCCACAACCUCACUCUCUCUCUCUCUCUCUCUCUCUCUCUCUCUCU